UGCAUACCAGCGCUUCUUUGGACGAUGAGAUAGAAAUGUUUCUAAAGUGGUUGCUAUGUGUUGCGGUUUUUACUGCAAAGUUUUGCAUAGUUGAAGGAGCAGUUUGUAUUGGUACAACAACACUGGGAGCAGAUCCAAGCCUUAACAAUGAAAACCUUGAAAAUAAUAAUGAUACCGGGUACCUGGUGACGGACCCAGCCUUCACCGCGGGGUGUUGCGGGGUACUAACAAGCUGGAGGGUCUCUAUCCAGGCCCCCGGCAAAAUCAGCCUCCAAAUAUGGCGCCCCGAAGGGGCUAAAUUCAAGCUUGUCGGAGAAAACUCCUUCUCCUUUAACUCUGCAAGCCAACUAAUCGUUCACCUUUUGAAUGUUCCACAAAGUCAGAGGAUCGUGGUUCAACAAAAUGACGCCAUCGGGUGGUAUACUACCCCAGGUGAUAUGGUGCCUUACAAGCAAGGGGUGGGGUCUGCUUCCGGGAAUUACAUGCAGGUUUUUGCCACGCCCCCCUCUGUAGGAACAUCCUAUGAUUGGACAUCGGCUGGUUUCUUCAGCCAACGAUCCUACGGUGUCCAGGCUGAUAUAGAAGAAAAUGUCGCGCCAAAAUUUACAAACCUUCCAACAACCAAGACCUAUCCAGACACAACUCCAACCACGACCAUCAUGGCGGUUUCUGUGACAGACGACAACACAGGGGACCUGACAACGCUAUCUGUCACCAUAGCAACACACACUGACAAGUUCAGUGUUUCUUCUAACGAGAUUACCACUAAAACUGGGUGGACCUGGUCCGUUGGUACAUAUGACGUCACAGUUGCUGUAACAGACCAAUGCGGAAAUGCAGCAUCCUCUACAGUGACAAUUGUUAUCGAAAACUCAACCCCCGACAUAUCUAACCUCCCUUCGUCCUCUGACCUGCCAGAAGACAUAACAUCCGAGACAAACCUCAAGGACCUAACCGUAUCAGAUGUACAAACAUACACAUGCGCAAUCAGCACCGUGGAACCAAGUUCCGGGAACACCAGAUUUACUCUAAAGCAGGCACCAGGAACUUCAGUAUAUUCCAUAUACUCUACGGAGAACCCGACCUUUUCCUAUUCCCUUGUUCCCCAGUACAAGAUCAACGUUACCUGUACUGAUGAAUACAGUCUGACGUCAUGGGGGGAGUUUACUGUAAAUAUAAAACCAAACAAACCACCGGAACUGGACAAGCUUCCAGCAACUGUGUCAGUGUCGGCCAAAACUACGACCAUCGGGACGGAAGUGUUCGAUGCCUCUGCGACUGAUCCAGAUUCCAGUCAGGUCUUCUACAAUAAGACGUGCUCCCCUGACCCUUGUCCUUUUGAAAUUAACGGAGAUGGGAAAGUAAAAGCGACUGAGGAUCUAAUGCUACACAAAGUCCCAUCAUACGACUUGUACAUCUAUGCAUAUGAUGGACGCUCUCUGGUUGGACCAGAAACUCUUACUCUUAAUGUAAUCGAUAUCAACCACGUUCCGGAGAUCAGCAAUCUCCCCACAGCCACUGUGACGGUCCCAGAGAACACCGCCGUGGGGGUGGAGGUGUUUACUGUCAGAGUGAGGGAUGUGGACCCCGCAGACACCCACACUUACACGGUGGUCUACAGCCCCGCCGAGGGGGAGGCCUACUUCACUGUAGACACCAACACUGGUGUAAUCACCGUGAAGGGCAGUAUUGAUUAUGAGACUCUCAGAACGCAGAAUAAACUGAAAUAUGACGUCACAAUCACGGCUUACGACGGCAGGGAGAGCUCGACACCUCAACAGAUGACCUUAAUGGUGAUUGACGUCAACGAGCCACAGACUGGGUUUGUUAAGGCGAUGUAUUCCACAGAAACGGGAGAAGGAAAGUCAGGUGACGUGUUGUCGAAUCCUUUUACUGGUACGCAAGUUUUAGAUCCCGAUUUCAAUGAUGUUCAAACAUUUACCAUGGACUGUGGAGCCAAUCAAGGGCAAUUCCGUAUGAACUCAAAUACAGGACUAAUCACCCUAUCAUCAGAGUAUGACCUUGAUGCUGCUGGAAAGACACAGGAAGUGGUAACAUGCACGGUCACUGCAACGGACAAGGGCGGACACACGGUCUCAACCCAGCUGUCAAUCACUGUCAACGAAAUAAACGAUAACGCCCCCGUAUUGGACAAGGGAAGCUACUCUUACUUUGUCUCGCAGUGUACGUCCGUCGGGUCUCCGAUUGGUCAGGUCACAUCUACAGACAAGGACGUAAAGCCCGAGCACAAGGACGUGACAUUUGACCUCACAUCGAACGUAGGGUUCUUGGUAGGGAAUGACGGGAAAAUUCACGUUGCUCAGGAUUUAUGUGACGUACCCGUGGGUACAAAGUAUGACCUUACGCUCACUGCGUCUAACGCCGACGGGUUAAAGGAUACCGCCCCGGUAACAAUCGUCAUUACAGACCCUACAACCACCACAUCAACCACAUCAACCACCACGACCACGACCACAGCAGCGCCACCUACUGCCGGUGGCUCCACUUCUUCUACGGACGGCUUCUUUGACAAUCUGGAGAACUUGGCCUGGUUUGUUCCGGCGGUCAUUUUGGCAGCGAUAAUGGUGGCGCUCUUGUUUUAUUUCCUGUAUAAGUGCAUUCGCAAUUCUGACGCAUUGUCACGUUUAUGCUGCAAGCGAAAAACAUCUAUAUCUAAAGUGAGAGAUCCUCAGAAGAUUGAUGGGAAGUACGAAUGGAGUGUGUGGUCUCAUAGUGACUACACGGACACCAAGCAAGAUAUAAGGCACAGACAAUAUAUGGAUGAAAAACAGCCUUACAAGUCAUGCAAACCGGAAAUCGUACCUGCAUCAUCGACAGAACACAUUUAUGAGAGCGUACGGAGUUCUGCCUGCAGCAUUGUUGUCCAGUCACGUGACAAACGCCAAAGUAUCAGAUGGAACACACUAACCACACUCUUUGACUUAAAUUCCAAAGACGUACAAAACAUUUUAAAGAAUUUGGAACCAGAAAAUGAAUCCUCUGUUUAGCAUAACAACUUAGGAAAAAUGAUUCCAUAAAAAAACAUUAAUUAAACAGACAUUCUUCCUUAAGAUCUGAAUUUUUUGCAAAAUGUGUUA